UGAAGUGUGAGACACAGGUAAUGCCUUGGCUUGUUCUUCCCAGGUCACUUUCUAAGUCUGUCUAGGGAAGAAGCCCCUUGCGUCUCUCUGGGUGUUGCGGGGUAUCUAGGUACGGUUGGAAAUAAUCUCUCUCUUCCAUCUCCUUCGUGUCUCCGCUGGUCGAGGUUGUCCCUUUCUGGCCGGGCCGUGACGGGCGGCUGUUUGCCGGAUGACAGGAGGGUAGUGCACGGCGCCGGUGGGCCCGUCUCUGCUGCCAUUGCGGGGAGCGGGGCUGAAGUCCGAGGGCCGUUUACGAAUGCGCUGUCGGUUCCCCCGAACGACUCCCCCGGUCCCGCGGGGGCGAGGGCAGCGCCGCCCGCACCGGGCCCCGCGACCUGCUCAGGUGUCGCGCCGCGCCGGGAGGAGCCCCGGGGCCGCCCCGCGCCGCAGCGGGAGCCGCCGCCGCCACCGUCCGGCGGCGCGCCCGCCCCCGCGGCCCCAUUGGCCGCCCCGCAGCUCAAAUAGGGCCGGGCGCCGGGCACCGCCAGCAGCGAGCGGGGCCCGAGCGCCGAGCCCGCCCCGCGGCCCCGCCGGCGCUCUCGGCCUCGGCGGCGCGUCCCGAGAUGAGCAGCCCCGAUGCGGGCUACGCCAGCAGCGACGACCAGGCGCAGGGGCGGUGCUCGCUGCCCAUCAUGAUGCCGGCCGUGGGCCCCUGCCCGUGGGCAGAGUCGCUGAGCCCGCUGGGCGAGGCGAAGGCGAAGGGCGAGGCGGCGCCGUCGGGGGCGGCGGGCGGCCGGAGCAAGAGCGAGGCGCGGAUCCGGCGGCCCAUGAACGCCUUCAUGGUGUGGGCGAAGGACGAGCGCAAGCGGCUGGCGCAGCAGAACCCGGACCUGCACAACGCCGAGCUCAGCAAGAUGCUGGGUAAAUCGUGGAAGGCGCUGUCGCUGGCGGAGAAGCGUCCGUUCGUGGAGGAGGCGGAGCGGCUGCGGGUGCAGCACAUGCAGGACCACCCCAACUACAAGUACCGGCCGCGGCGGCGGAAGCAGGUGAAGCGCCUGAAGCGGGUGGAGAGCGGCUUCCUGCAGCACGGCCUGGCGGAGGCGGCGGGGCCCGGGCUGGGCAGCGAGGCCGCCGGCGGCGGCGGCGGCAGGAUGUGCGUGGAGGGCCUGGGCCUGCCCUACGCCGAGCAGGGCUACGCGGCGGCGGCGGGCGCGGGCCACUACCGGGACUGUCCGCCGCUGGGCGCCGCCUUCGACGGCUACAGCCUGCCGACGCCGGACCCGUCGCCGCUGGACGCGGCGGAGAGCGAGGCGGCCUUCUUCGCGGCGGGGCUGCAGGAGGAGUGCGCGCUGGUGCCCUACGGCUACGCCCCGCACCCGGCGGCCGAGUACCCGCCGGCGGCGGCCGAGAGCCCGGCGGGAGCCGCCCUGCGCCGGCACCUGCCGCCCGGCGAGGCGCUGGGGCCGGGCGGCUCGCUGCAGGGGCUGCUGGGCUGCCCGGCGCCGCUGCACGCCUACUACGGGCAGGCGUGCCAGCCGCCGGGCCCGGGGCGCGGCCCGCCGCCGCCGCUGCCACCGCCGGGGGCGGUCGGGCAGCCGUCGCCGCCGCCCGAGGCGGCGCCGUGCCGGGAGCAGCUGGAGCACUUGCCGCAGGAGGAGCUGCUGGGCGAGGUGGACCGCACCGAGUUCGAGCAGUACCUGCGCUUCGCCUGCAAGCCCGAGCUGGGGCUGUCCUUCGCGGGCCACGACGCCGCCGGGCUGCCGGCGCCCGAGGGCGCGGGGCCCGUCUCCUCGGCCGUGUCGGACGCCAGCACCGCUGUCUACUACUGCGGCUACCCCGACGUGUGAGGGACUCGCUCGGGGGCGCGCCGCGGACUGGCAGGGAGGCGCCCGGCCCCGCUCCGCUCCUAUUUAUGUAAUUUAUUUGAAUCUUGAGAACUGACAGGGUAUCUGUGACCUGCUCGAGGUUUAAAAGGUGAUGCGCAGUCUCGCUGUCCAUGUUGUCCAGGUCUUACCAUUGCUGUCCUAUAGUGACGUGUAAAACUGUUCCUGCUGUGGAAUCGUGAUACUAGUUACACAUGUGGAAUACAAUUUCUGAGAUCUUGUUCGAGAUCCAUAUGCUUUUGUAAUGUUGUACAGAGUACUGGUUUUUAUAUGUUGGAUUUGUACAGAAUAAUUUUGCACUUUUACAAAUAAAGGGGAAAUAAUAAAAUUGGUUGCUGAUAUCUCCUCA